AUGAGGGAGUGUAUCUCGAUCCACAUUGGUCAAGCCGGAAUCCAAGUCGGAAAUGCUUGUUGGGAGCUUUACUGUCUCGAGCAUGGCAUUCAGCCUGAUGGGCAAAUGCCGAGUGACAAAACAGUGGGAGGAGGUGAUGAUGCAUUCAACACUUUCUUCAGUGAGACGGGUGCUGGGAAACACGUCCCUCGUGCCAUCUUCGUCGAUCUGGAGCCGACCGUGAUCGAUGAAGUCAGGACUGGUACUUAUCGCCAGCUUUUCCAUCCAGAGCAACUCAUUAGUGGCAAAGAAGAUGCUGCAAACAACUUUGCCCGUGGCCAUUACACCAUUGGGAAAGAGAUUGUUGAUCUUUGCUUGGACAGAAUCCGCAAGCUAGCUGAUAACUGCACCGGUCUACAAGGCUUCCUUGUGUUCAACGCCGUUGGUGGUGGUACUGGCUCAGGUCUUGGAUCUCUCUUGCUUGAGCGUCUCUCUGUAGACUACGGCAAAAAAUCGAAGCUUGGAUUCACAGUGUACCCAUCACCUCAGGUUUCGACCUCCGUCGUCGAGCCUUACAACAGCGUCCUCUCGACUCAUUCUCUCCUCGAGCACACCGAUGUCUCUGUGUUGCUCGACAACGAAGCGAUCUACGAUAUCUGUAGACGCUCCCUCGACAUCGAGCGUCCUACCUACACAAACCUGAACCGUCUAGUCUCUCAGGUGAUCUCAUCGCUCACCACUUCUCUCAGAUUCGACGGUGCCUUGAACGUGGAUGUCACCGAGUUCCAAACCAACUUAGUCCCGUACCCAAGAAUCCACUUCAUGCUCUCCUCCUACGCUCCCGUCAUCUCAGCAGAGAAAGCUUACCACGAGCAGCUCUCAGUCGCGGAGAUCACAAACACAGCCUUCGAGCCUUCCUCUAUGAUGGCUAAGUGCGACCCGCGCCACGGGAAGUACAUGGCUUGUUGUUUGAUGUACAGAGGAGACGUUGUUCCAAAGGAUGUGAAUGCUGCGGUCGCGACCAUCAAGACGAAACGGACCAUCCAGUUCGUGGAUUGGUGCCCGACCGGGUUUAAGUGCGGGAUCAAUUACCAGCCACCUACCGUUGUACCGGGUGGCGAUCUUGCGAAAGUCCAGAGAGCCGUGUGUAUGAUCUCGAACUCGACGAGUGUCGCUGAGGUUUUCUCGAGGAUUGAUCAUAAGUUCGAUCUGAUGUACGCCAAGAGAGCCUUCGUGCAUUGGUACGUAGGUGAAGGUAUGGAGGAAGGUGAGUUCUCUGAGGCUCGUGAGGAUCUUGCUGCACUUGAGAAAGAUUAUGAGGAGGUUGGUGCAGAAGGUGAUGAUGGUGAGGACGAAGAAGGAGAAGAGUACUAA